UAGAAGCAACACGAUGACGUUCCAGGAAUUGAUAUGGACAUAACCAUGCUUUUGACUAGUGGAAGAAUACAAACAUCUUUGCAAUAAUUAAGGCAUUAUCAGUCUCCUCAAAGAGUUGAAUUGUUCCCGACAGUUGCAGAAUUUAAAGAUCGCUGGCCUGCUCUGUUUGACAUUCUCCAGAUUAAUGAAGAGUUUAGGAGAAUUACUACUCUGCACCUUGAGCCAACAUUUAUUAAGAUGUUGGAUUACUACACUCCUAAACUUUUCACAAUAUUUUCCUGCAAAGGAGGAGCACUCGCACAGAUUUUGAAGAAGAAACUGGGUGCCGUACAGCAGGUUUUGAGGAUGCAAUUGAUAAUACUAUUAUUGGUCAAACUUUUCUCUGUGAGAACCUCACGUGCAUUUGACCUGGAAGUCUGCCCUCCAAUUUGUGAGUGUUCUGAAUGGAAGACUUUUAAAAUUACCUGCACGGAUAUUGACGAGAUUCCAAAGUUCCCUCCAAGCACAGAGACUGUGAGAUUCAUGGAGACACAAAUCAGUGUGAUACCAUCCCAAGCCUUUUCAGCCCUCCCCAACAUUUCCAGAAUAUAUAUUUCACUGGAUGCCUCCUUGCAGAGACUGGACAAACACUCAUUCUUCAGUUUGAUGAAGGUGACGCACAUAGAAAUACGAAAUACAAGGAGCUUCAAUUAUAUCGAUCCUGAUGCUUUCAAGAACCUGCCAGAGUUGAAAUAUUUAGGGAUUUUCAACACUGGCCUUGAUGUAUUCCCCGACCUUACAAAAAUUCAUUCUUUGGAUGUGAACUUUUUACUUGAAAUUGCAGACAAUCCCUACAUAGCCUCACUUCCUGCCAAUGCUUUUCAAGGCUUAUCUAACGAAUCUCUAACGCUGAAGCUGUACAACAAUGGAUUUACCGAAAUCAUGGGUUACGCCUUUAAUGGAACCAAACUGGACUCAGUGUACCUUCAUAAGAACAAGCAUCUGACUGCCAUACAAGAUGAAGUGUUUUCUGGAGUUCUCAGUGGGCCUACUCUGCUUGACAUUUCACAGACCAGCAUAACCUCUUUGCCGAACAAAGGUCUGGAAACGCUAAAAGAACUAAUGGCGAAGAAUACCUGGACGCUUAAGAAGCUGCCACCUAUCAGAACCUUCCUGCAUCUCACGAGGGCAGAUCUCACCUACCCAAGUCACUGCUGUGCUUUCAAAAACUGGAAGAAAAACAAAGGAUUACUGGAAUCGAUCAUGUGCAAUCAGACCAGCCUAACAGGAUAUCGACAGAGAAGAUCCAUGAAUGCUCUCAAGAGUCCGUUCUACCAAGACUACGGUGAAGAUGACACAGAUCACACAGACCCCGUGUACAGUGACAACGCCAAGCUCAGAGACUUUCACAGCAACUCGCACUAUUAUGUUUUCUUUGAGGAGCUAUCUGAUGAAAAUAUUGGGUUUGGGGAAAAGUUAAAGAACCCUCAGGAGGACAAUAUCCAGGAAUUUAACAGCUAUUACGAUUACACAGUCUGUGGUGGAAACGAGGAAAUGAUUUGUAACCCGGAGCCUGACGAGUUCAACCCUUGUGAAGAUAUCAUGGGCUACAACUUCUUGAGAAUAGUCGUGUGGUUUGUCAACCUCCUGGCCAUACUGGGGAAUGUCUUUGUAUUACUGAUCUUGUUGACUAGCCAUUAUAAACUGACCGUUCCACGGUUUCUUAUGUGCAACCUGGCUUUUGCAGACCUCUGCAUGGGGAUCUAUCUCUUGUUAAUUGCUUCAGUGGACCUCCACACCAAGUCAGAAUACUACAACCACGCAAUUGAUUGGCAGACGGGACCGGGUUGCAAUACUGCAGGUUUCUUCACCGUGUUCUCCAGCGAGCUCUCCGUCUACACUCUGACUGUGAUCACCCUAGAGCGUUGGCACGCCAUCACCUUUGCCAUGAGAUUGGACAGAAAAAUACGCCUUCGACACGCGUCCGUUAUCAUGCUUGGUGGAUGGGUUCUCUGCUUUAUUUUAGCGCUGCUGCCUCUUCUUGGGGUUAGCAGUUACAUAAAAGUAAGCAUCUGCCUACCGAUGGACACGGAGACGACCCUGGCACAAACCUACAUAAUCUCCGUCUUGAUGACCAAUAUUUGUGCUUUCAUUGUCAUCUGUGCUUGCUACAUAAAAAUUUACUUGACUGUCCGGAAUCCUCAGUAUAAGUCUGGAAACAAGGACACAAAAAUUGCCAAAAGAAUGGCCAUUCUCAUCUUUACAGAUUUCACCUGCAUGGCACCAAUUUCUUUUUACGCCAUGUCGGCAAUAAUGAACAAGCCGCUGAUCACGGUAACUAACUCCAAAAUCCUUCUGGUCCUUUUCUACCCACUGAACUCCUGCGCCAACCCUUUCCUCUAUGCCAUCUUUACCAAGGCUUUUAGGAGAGAUGUGUUUAUCUUGCUGAGCAAAUUUGGCUUUUGUGAGCAGCAAGCGCAGAUUUACAGAGGACAGACGGUUUCUGCUAAAAACAGCAGUGGCUUCUCUGCCCAGCGUGGUAGCGGAGGAAUGGGGCAGACGCUGACAAACUUCCAUAAUCCCGACCAUCGUGGAGAAUAUCACCAGACCGCCACAGCAGAAGAACACUUGAGUGUGGGUGCCUUUAAGCAAAGUGAAAUAUAAUCCAUUGAUAAUGCACUAACGAACAAUAAAAUAUAACUUUAAUAAUCAGAAUGUUAAAGAGAAAUCGAUUUGUUGAAAUGUUUUAUAUUGUCUUUCGGAGUGAGUAACUCUACAAAGGGCACUGCAAGCAGUUUAAGAGAGCUAAACACGUGGCCAUCUUACUUACGGGGUAGUUAUUAGGUGAACACACUAGUUAUCCUUCCAGUUCUUCUUCUGAUAUGCACAGUGCAGCUCAGGGUCUCAAACAGUCAAAGACGUCAUAGGAAUUCGGACCACCUUAGUGGCAGGUCUAUCAAGUGUGUUACCAAAGCAUUAACAAAUAAAAAAUGGCAGAAAUAGGAGUGAUAGAUGUGCUAUGAAAGAGAGUAAGGUCUUUGCUUCAUUAGCUUACUAUCAGUGAGGAGCGAAGCAGAUGAAU